AUGAUGGACCUUGUAGUUAUUCACGGCAUUUUACUGCUAGCCUACUUUGGAACUUCGCAAGCGUGCAUGGGUCUCGGAGGAUGUGGUGGUGGCGGUGGCGGUGGCGGAGGUGGGAUUGGAGGUUGUUCACAAUGCUGUGCUCGAGCAAGGGGGACGAAAACGCAUUCUGGAAAUCCGAAGCAAUUCGGUGCUGUUUUACGCACCGAUGGAAAUCGACCAUCAACUAUGGUACUGAUUCAGUUGGCGAUUUUCAUUUGUGACUUGCCUUUGAACAUGAAAUUGAAAAAUCCAAACGAUGAUUUCUUGACGUGCUGCAAAGAUGCUGGACUUCCAAGUGCAUGUCUCAGCAAGUGUUCGUUCAGUCGAUACAAUAAAGACACUCUUCGUAAUAUGUUCUUCGGUUUGGAUGCGUGUCCCAUCCAAGCAGCGAACGAUAUGCACUUCUGUGCAACGAAGAGCAUGGAUCAUCGAGAGUGUUGUGCGAGAAAUGGUGUUGGUAACACACUGGCCGGUGAUAAAUGCUUGAUCUUCUGUGCACCGGUUCGGAUUUUUUGA